GGAAAAAGAGAGAGAAAGAGAUUGGGAAAGAGAAAAUCUUACGGAGGCAGAGAAAAAGAAAACAAGACGAUCCCUUAUACGUAAGGAUGCGAUUGCGUAGGAGAAGAUACACGAAGCGGUGACAAGAGGACACAAGGAGAGUUUGUCUCGACAUGAGGCUAAGUCCAAUAUUUCUUUCGUGUGCCACGGCGAGCUUGUUCGGUUCUGUUGAAGCCAUCCGAAGUCCUUCGUAUUCUAAGGAUUACGAAUUAUCAACGGAAUUCUUCCUUGUACCGUCGGAAGAUACAGUCGAUAGAAAUGGUUUGGCAAGCGUGGCCAGCGUUAUCAGCGUACCGGCACCGAACAGAACCAUCUCCGUCUUCAGGAUGCCUACUAGGAAGGGCCAGGAACGCGAAACCGAAUCCAGUAGACCGCCAAGCUCGCGUUUCCUUCUCAGACAACGACCUUGGGCUCUUCCCCUUGCAGCCCUAAGUGCCGCAGCGAUGCUACUCAUGGCUGGUUUCGAGGUUUUCGUACUCCUCAAGGCAAGAGCAGCAGCCCCAAACAGACGACACUUGUUCCUAGGCCAAGCUUUGUUACUUGGUCUCUUUCUUUUGGCCGGACUUUCGGCUGCAGCUUCUCUCAGUCAAAAUCCUUUAUCCUGUGCAGCCUUCAGACUAGUCGGUUUACCAGCGGCCCUCGUAUUUGCGGCCCUGCUCGUCAAAUGUGUCUUCCUUCUUUCCUUGAAUAGCGGCGUCUAUUUGCCAGCACCUUAUCAAGUUA